UUAAAACGAAUAUAUAUGUGACACGUAUUCCGCGCCGUUGACCAGCAGCCAGGUGAGCCCAAAAGGGAGGCGAGUGGGGCACCUUCACGAUACAAAAGCCUCCCCGCUCGAAGAACGAAUGUGCGAGAUCAAUCUUCCGUUCAGUUACUACCAUCAUCAAAACGACAAAUAAAAUAAAUACCACUUAGCCAUGGCAGCCCCAGAAGUCCCAAGAGAAGAAACCCCGCUCGUCGAGGUGAUCAACGACGAAGAAUCCUUCACAGACGCUUUCGAAAGCGUGAGCGAGGCCUUCGGCACGCAGGCCCACGACGCCAUAUGGGAGGCCUUCAACCCGGGCUGGCAGACCCCGGAGGGCCGGGCGUCGUGGGUGACGCGGAUGGUCAGCAGAUGGAAAUCCACGAAGACGGACAACAAGGGGAACCCGAACGCCGUGUUCCUGAAAGCCACGCUUCCCGACCCGAGUCAUGAGAACCCCGGGCCACACCGCCGCCGCAAGACCGUGGGCUUCGCCAUCUGGGUCCAGAUCUCCGCCGUGGAAGGACACGGCGACACCGACCUCGGCGCGCUGGGGGACGAUGUCCUGGAGGCCCUGCACCCGGGCGACGACCGGGAGCAGCGGUUUCUCAAGCAGAUGCUUCAGUCGCUGUUCAAGUCGCGCGUGGAGUUCGCCAGGGCCAAGGCAUCGGCCGAUCCGCCGGCCGUCAUGGCGCUCGACCUGUGCGCCACGCACCCGGCGUUCCAGCGGCGAGGGGUGGCGUCGAGGUUGGUCCGGUGGGGUCUGGAGGAGACGCGGCGGCGGGGCCUUCGGUACGCCGUGACCGAGGCUUCCAGCAUGGGACGGUUCGCGUAUGCGUCGCUUGGCUUCCGGCCGCAGGGGGAGGAUGUCGGGUAUGAGGUCGACGAGGAGUUCUCGGACCGCGAGAAACCACCCAAUCUCUUCAUGGUUUAUACCCGCGAGGGUGAACGACAAGAUUAGAUAGCUUUUACAGAAAGAUGGCAUAGUAUAUAUAUAAUAAGAUUCGAUAUCAGCCGUUAGACUUGCAAAUAGGUGAAAAGGUUGAAAAGUAUAUCAUUUAUAUAUAAAGGCAUGAUUACUUCUAACUAAGAUUCAAGUUCCUCCUAUACCAGGUGGGCCCCAUACCCGUUGAUUCGCGGUAAACUCAAACCUCUCUCACAGCAGAAAUUGAUAAUGAUACUAGAUUCCUUCAUUUAUGCUAGAUGAGUUGAAUGGCAUUGUUCUGUUACUGUUACUUCAUUCCUUUAUGGAACGGAGGGGGGAGAAAGAGAACGCGAAUGAAAAGGGAAGAAAAUAAUGAAGAAGUGUUAACGUUAUAUAGUAUAUUACCAAAGGUGGUCAUAUAUAUACAUUGAAGUGACGGUUAUGCUUAUGUAUAUAAUGUUGCAUAUGCGACCGUUAUUGUGACCGGCCGUUUCUCAGCUUUCGAGUAAGCACCUUAGUAACUCUAGACUGAGUAAUCCGGAGUAGGAUGAGGCGACGACUUACAUGCCAUAAGCACAUACUACCCACAGUAU